AGCUUUGCUGUCUCGUCGCUGGACUCAACUCACGGACUCUCCCUCUGUUUUCUUCUCUCUCUGCUUUAAUCUCCUCUGACCGACCUUUCUGAUUUCAUCUCCCUUCCCCCCUCCCCCCUCCUCCUUCUUUCCUUCGCCUUUCCAUGACGUCGGUUCGGCCAUCACUUUUCCUUCUCUAUGUGGGAGAAGUGCAACGAGUCCCGGCCGGAGGCCGGGCAGGAUCCUGAUGUCAUCGGCUUGGGGACCUUGAUCGCUUGCGCUGGUUCCGCGUGCUUCGCAAUCGCAUGCUUACUUAUCCAAUAUUUAUUCUUCUAUCUUCCGCAGGACGACGAUGACCAACAAGAUCCGCACGCCGCGAAUCCCAUCGACGUCCUGUUUGUUGGUGGUUUCCGGACGGUUUUGAGUUAUUUGGGUAUUGGAUUUGGAUGGGUGAAGAGGCCCCGGCGCCCGGGGAGGUGGCAGGAGGCCUUUGAUCAGUGCAUGCUGGCCCUGGGCGACGUUCAGCUGGCGAUAGGAUUCGCCGUGCUCGCUUAUGGCUAUGUGUCAUUAUCGGGACAAGGCCUGUCGGUUUAUCACUGGUGGCUCAUCGUAGGACUAUGCUGGUUCUCGGUCGUUACAAGCCUCGCGAGCAUAUCCUAUCUACGUACCUACUUCGCCAACAGAGAUGCGGCCGAGCGACGAUGGAGAAUAUUCCUCCUUAUUUUGCUUAUCAUAGUGGUCAGCUUCUCCAUGGUACCGAUAUACCAAGUCAGGGAGAAGCUUGCCAAUGAGCCCGACAGGGACGCGCGGUGCAAAAUCCUGUUCACGACAAACGUGCUCUGCUAUAUGCCUGGGUACGGCGCGAAUCUUGACACGCCCUACUUCAAAUCUGCCGCCACCUUAUUCGGCAUCGUUCUUGGUGUUUGUCUAGCCGUCACGGGCAUCUUGCGGCUUUACGAGCGGCCCAGCAGCGUCAUUUUCAAAUGGCGAGAUCAUUUCCGAGGCGAGAUGCAGCAGUCCUUCUUUGGAGACGGCGACACCAUAAUCACCUGCAUUCGCUGCGAACAGCGACAUAUGCUGCUGAUAGUGCGACCUGUCUUGGCGUUGUGGCUCGUUCUGCGAGUUUAUGUCGACCUGCUGAACUCGAUUCUAACCGAGGUCCUAUGCACCUCGGCCUUGUUCGCUUGGGUUACCGUGCGUUUCAUCGACGUGUUGCGUUUCGAUGGCUUUUUCGAGACCGAUCCCCACCUGUGGCCUUUUGGUCAGAUCAUCGCUCUGGCUUCCUUCGUGGCGCCCUUCGGAUCGUUGGCCAGCUGCCUCUGCGGCACCAUCGGGGGUCUCUUCUUUAGGAGCCACCUUCGCAGCAGGCCCGAGCCGCCGACCCCCGAACCGCGGACUCCCGACAUGCGACAAUCUGGCUGGUUCUCGCACUCUGCCAAGAGAACACCAACUGAACAGUUGACGGAGAAUGGGGACGACCAACAUCCCGGGCACCCUCGAUUGAUGGCGGAGGAGGACACUGCCCUCUUAGGUGGGAAGGACGGUUCGGACACAGCGGAUGGAGAUACCGCAAUGGUUGAUGACAGAGACCCUUCGGAAAACGACGAGGUCGAGUCGACGAAGAGCUCGGUCAAGGGCAGUUACACGGUUCUGCUAUCGCCCCGGUUUGUUAUCGCGUUCCCUCUCGCCGGCUUCUCCAACUUGCUACACCUCGUCUUGCUUCUGGCUCUACCGAAGCUGCCGGGGUACCCCACCACGACGGAUGUGCUCUGGCGAACCAUCUUCUGGUACGUCGUCUACCAGCCUCUGCUCCUGUUCGCGUUCUUCCUCGCAGGUAUGAUCGUCGAGGAGAGGGUUAUGAACGAGAGGCGGAUGCGAUUCGCCUACCAGAUCAUCGCCACCCUCUCGGCCGGGCUGUCGGCGGCCGCUAUCUUUGACACACUAUACGGCCUCGGCGGGAUCCCGAUGUCGUACAUAGGUAUGGGGGCGCUGGGCCUCGUCCUACUCAUCUACCUCCUAUAUGGGCUCGUAGCCCGGCCCGGUCCCCUAGCGAAGGGCAAGGGCGUAAGCCACUUCCCGAGGGACCAGGAAGGCACCGACGUUGAGGAGGGCGCGCCGCUGCUUCGAAACCCGAUGAAGAGAAUGUUCCCUAUCUAUCCGGUUCGAAAGCAGAAACGGUGGCACGGCCCCUCGCGCAGACCCCAGAUAGUGAGGGUGAGGAGGAACUAUGGCACUAUCGACUGAAGAUCAGAUUCCACGGCAGCCCCUAGGACUGUCUCGCUCUACUAGACCAUGCGUUCAAACACGAAAUCCACCUAUGAUAUAUAUC